UACUUUUAUCAUUCUUGUUCAUCCUCUCGACACCUCUGCAAUCCUGAACCCCUGAGCAUUAAUUGAUAGCUCAAAAUUGGAUCCAUGGGAAUGGAAGUGAUCAACAAGUAUGUGACCAUAAAAACCCACAUAGAUGGUGCACCACAAGACUCUGAUUUCGAGCUCAAGACUGCAGCUCUUCGCCUGUGGGCUGAGCCGGGUUCCAACGAUGUCAUUGUGAAGAACCUCCAUGUAUCCAUAGAUCCAUACCAGCUAAACCGCAUGAAGAGUUAUAGCUCCUCGCAUAGGGCGAUAAAUUUUGCAGUGCCGAUUAGUCCUGGCAUGGAUAUUGAUGCUUAUGGGGUGGGGAGAGUUGUGGCUUCUGGCCACCCGGAAUUUGAAGAAGAUGAUUUGGUGGUGGGGCUCAUCAGCUGGGGAGAGUAUAGUGUUGUGAAAGGAGGCAACAUGUUGAGGAAGUUGGAUCCCAUGGGAUUUCCCUUAUCCAACCAUGUUGGAAUUCUAGGAUUCAGUGGGUUGGCAGCCCAUGGUGGAUUUUUCCAGGUAUGCAAGCCCAAGAAAGGAGAGAAAGUGUUUGUUUCUGCUGCUUCUGGGUCAGUUGGAAAUUUGGUGGGGCAAUAUGCAAAGCUGUUUGGAUGCUAUGUUGUUGGAUGUGCUGGAAGCAAACAAAAGGUCAAUUUGCUCAAAGAGAAGCUUGGUUUUGAUGAUGCAUUCAACUAUAAGGAAGAAACUGAUCUGAAGUCAACUCUCAAAAGGUACUUUCCUGAUGGGAUUGAUAUAUAUUUUGACAAUGUGGGAGCUGAGAUGCUAGAAGCAGCAGUUGCCAAUAUGAACAUCUUUGGUAGAGUUGCCGUUUGUGGAGUAAUCUCCCAGUAUACAGACAGUGGAAAGCGAGCUGCACCAGACAUGCUAGACAUUGUGUACAAGAGAAUCACAAUUCAAGGAUUCUUAGCUGCUGAUCUGAUGAAUGGGUACACGGAUUUCAUUUCCACGACACAAGAUUACCUAAAUGACGGCAAAAUUCAAGUGAUUGAAGACAUUUCACAGGGCGUGGAGAGUAUUCCAUCUGCUUUCGUAGGGCUGUUUCGUGGUGAUAAUGUUGGGAAAAAGAUUGUAAAAAUUGCAGAUGAAUGAUUCCUAGGGACACUUCAUUUUCCCGGAGUAGCGGUUUGGAAUAUGAAUGUUAAGUUCCCAUGAUCGUUCCUAUGAUUGUCAUUAGACUAGCUAGUAUCAAUCAGUGAAAUAAGAAAACAAUAUCAUAAGGAAAAGGAUUGAACAUGAUACAUUGGCAUGUUUGGAUAGCUAAAUAGCUUUAAA